GUGCUCGCCCGCCCGCCCCCGGCGGCUCGCGCCCGGGAGCGCUGCAGGGUCGCUGGAGCCGGCCGCGUCCUUUGUGUGGCGCUCAGGCUGCGCCGCGGGGCGGCGGGACGGAAUGUGGGCGCUGUGGGGGCUUUUCUCUUCUGCCCAAACUGUGGAAACAAUGGACUGAAAGGGGAACAUGGAUUGAGGGGCCGAGCGGGGAAGCGAGCUGCACCGGGGAAUCAUGACUUCAGCAGCCGAGAUGAAGAAGCCACCAGUGGCCCCCAAGCCCAAGUUUAUUGUGGCAAAUAAUAAGCCAACUCCACCUCCUAUUGCACCUAAACCCGACAUUGUGAUUUCUAGUGUUCCACAGUCAACAAAGAAAAUGAAACCAGCAAUAGCCCCAAAACCAAAAGUCCUGAAGAGCUCACCUGUUCGAGACAUUGGGCAAUCGCCAUCAAGGAAAAUCAUGUUGAACCUGGAAGGGCAUAAACAGGAAUUAGCUGAAAGCACUGACAACUUUAAUUGUAAAUAUGAAGGCGAUCAGAGCAGUGAUUUUAUUUCACCAAUGUGUUCCUGCAGUUCUGAGUGUAUCCAUAAGAUGGGCCAUAGAGAGAAUUUGUGUGUAAAGCAGCUUGUUUUAGAGCCCCUGGAAAUGAAUGAAAAUUUAGAAAAUAGUAAAAUUGAUGAGACUUUGACUAUACAAACUAGGAGUAAAUGUGAUUUGUAUGGCGAAAAAGCCAAGAACCAGGGUGGGGUUGUUUUAAAGGCAAGCAUUUUAGAAGAGAAGCUCAAAGAUGCCUUAAUACACCGAAUGCCACCUUUUAUUUCUGCACAGAAGCACAGGUCCACAGACAGCCCAGAAAUGAAUGGUGGCUGUAAUUCAGAUGGACAAUUCAGAAUUGAGUUUACAGAUUUGUCACCUUCCCCAUCCAGCUUUGAAAAAGUUCCUGAUCAUCACAGUUGCCACUUACAGCUUCCUAGUGAUGAAUGUGAAAAUUUUGAAACUUGCCAGGAUGACAGUGAAAAAAGCAAUAAUUGCUUUCAGUCAUCUGAACUAGAGGCUCUGGAAAAUGGGAAAAGGAGUACUUUUAUAUCUUCAGAUGAAGUUAGUAAGAAAUCAAUAGUCAAAGACCUUGGUCCCUUAGAAAUUCAUUUACUACCAUAUACCCCAAAAUUUCCAACUCCCAAGCCCAGAAAGACACGAACUGCACGUCUGUUACGCCAGAAGUGUGUAGAUACUCCUAGUGAAAGCACCGAAGAACCAGGGAAUUCAGACAGUAGCUCUUCCUGUCUCACUGAAAAUAGUUUGAAAAUGAAUAAAAUCAGUGUUCUUCAUCAGAAUGUUUUGUGUAAGCAGGAGCAGGUGGAUACAGUGAAGCUGGGAAAUAAAAGUGAAUUGAAUAUGGAAUCCAACAGUGACGCACAGGACUUAGUCAAUUCACAGAAAGUCAUGUGUCAUGAAACAUCUUCCUUUGAAAAGAUGGCACCUUCUUUUGAUACAGACUCUAAUUUGAGUUCUGACAGCACAACUGUAGAUGGUUCUAGUAUGUCGCUUGCUGUGGACGAAGGGACUGGUUUUAUAAGAUGUAGUACUUUAUCUAUGAGCCUGCCUAAGCAGCUCAAAUUAACUUGCAAUGAACAUUUGCAAUCUGAGAGAAACCUGGGAGUUUCUGCCCCUCAGAUGCAAAAGGAAUCUGUUAUAAAAGAGGAAAAUUCCCUACGAAUUGUCCCCAAAAAACCUCAAAGACACAGCUUGCCUGCUACAGGAGUGCUUAAAAAGGCUGCCUCCGAGGAGCUUGUGGAAAAAAGUUCUUAUCCUUCAAGUGAAGAAAAAUGUUCAGAGAAGGGCCUAGAAAGAAAUCACCUUCAGCAUUUGUGUGCCCAAAACCGUGGUGUGUCAUCCUCCUCUGAUAUGCCUAAACGGGCUUCAGAAAAGCCAGUAUGGAAGUUACCUCAUCCUAUUUUACCCUUUUCAGGGAACCCAGAAUCCUUAAAGUCUGUCACCUUAUCGUCAAACAGUGAGCCUUCAACAGCCCUAACCAAGCCUAGAGCAAAAUCGUUAUCUGCUGUGGAUGUGGAAAAGUGCACUAAGCCUUGCAAAGACUCUACAAAGAAAAACUCUUUUAAAAAGUUGCUCAACAUGAAACUGUCCAUCUGUUUCAUGAAGAGUGACUUUCAAAAAUUUUGGUCCAAGAGUAGCCAACUUGGAGAUACCACCACAGGCCACCUCUCCAGUGGGGAGCAGAAGGGGAUUGAAAGUGAUUGGCAAGGCUUGUUGGUAGGAGAGGAGAAGAGAAGUAAGCCCAUCAAGGCAUAUUCCACAGAAAACUAUAGCCUGGAAUCUCAAAAGAAGAGGAAGAAGUCCCGGGGCCAGACCAGUGCAGCUAAUGGUCUGAGAGCUGAGUCUUUGGAUGACCAAAUGCUCUCCCGGGAGUCAUCAUCUCAGGCACCUUACAAGUCUGUUACAAGCCUCUGUGCACCGGAGUAUGAAAAUAUACGCCAUUAUGAGGAAAUACCAGAGUAUGAGAACUUACCGUUUAUUAUGGCUAUACAGAAAACUCGAGAGUUGGAAUGGCAGAAUUCCAGCAGCGUGGAGGACACAGAUGCAAAUGUGUAUGAGGUAGAAGAGCCGUAUGAAGCUCCAGAUGGCCAGCUGCAACUUGGACCUAGACAUCAGCAUUCCAGUUCAGGAGCAUCCCAGGAGGAACAGAAUCAUCUUGGUCUUGGUGACCUUCCCUCUGAUGAGGAGGAAGUCAUCAACAGUUCUGAUGAAGAUGAUGUCAGCUCUGAGUCAAGUAAAGGAGAGCCUGACCCUCUGGACGAUAAACAGGAUGAAGAUAAUGGAAUGAAAAGUAAAAUUCAUCAUAUUGCCAAGGAGAUCAUGAGCUCAGAGAAAGUGUUUGUGGAUGUGUUAAAACUUUUGCAUAUCGAUUUCCGGGAUGCAGUAGCUCAUGCUUCCAGGCAACUUGGGAAACCAGUGAUUGAGGACCGGAUUCUAAAUCAGAUCCUAUACUACUUGCCUCAGCUGUAUGAGCUCAACCGGGAUCUCCUGAAGGAACUGGAGGAAAGAAUGUUGCACUGGACUGAACAACAAAGAAUUGCUGAUAUCUUUGUAAAAAAGGGACCAUAUCUAAAAAUGUAUUCCACAUACAUCAAAGAAUUUGAUAAGAAUAUAGCCUUGCUGGAUGAACAGUGCAAGAAAAAUCCAGGUUUUGCUGCUGUUGUUAGAGAAUUUGAGAUGAGCCCUCGCUGUGCUAAUCUGGCCCUCAAGCACUAUCUGCUGAAGCCGGUUCAGAGGAUCCCCCAGUACAGACUGUUGCUGACAGAUUAUUUAAAGAAUCUUAUAGAAGAUGCUGGAGAUUACAGAGACACUCAAGAUGCCCUUGCUGUUGUUAUAGAGGUAGCCAACCACGCCAAUGACACCAUGAAGCAAGGAGACAACUUUCAGAAACUUAUGCAAAUUCAGUACAGCUUAAAUGGACAUCAUGAAAUUGUGCAGCCUGGUCGGGUUUUUCUCAAAGAAGGAAUUCUGAUGAAGCUGUCUCGGAAAGUGAUGCAACCUCGAAUGUUUUUCCUGUUUAAUGAUGCCCUGCUGUAUACAACACCAGUGCAGUCUGGGAUGUAUAAACUGAACAACAUGCUCUCAUUGGCUGGAAUGAAGGUCAGAAAACCUACCCAAGAAGCCUAUCAGAAUGAAUUAAAGAUUGAAAGUGUAGAACGUUCCUUCAUUCUCUCAGCCAGUUCUGCCACAGAAAGGGAUGAAUGGCUAGAAGCGAUUUCCAGGGCAAUAGAAGAGUAUGCCAAGAAAAGGAUCACCUUCUGUCCUAGUAGGAGUCUUGAUGAGGCAGACUCAGAAAAUAAAGAGGAAGUUAGUCCUCUUGGGUCGAAGGCUCCCAUCUGGAUUCCAGAUACCAGAGCCACAAUGUGUAUGAUCUGCACAAGUGAAUUUACUCUCACCUGGAGACGACACCACUGCCGGGCCUGUGGAAAGAUUGUAUGCCAAGCUUGUUCAUCCAAUAAGUAUGGUUUAGAUUACCUGAAAAAUCAACCAGCAAGAGUAUGUGAACAUUGUUUCCAAGAACUGCAGAAAUUAGAUCACCAGCACUCCCCUAGGAUUGGAUCUCCUGGAAAUCACAAAUCUCCUUCAAGUGCCUUAUCAUCAGUCUUACAUAGCAUUCCAUCAGGGAGGAAACAGAAAAAAAUCCCAGCUGCUCUCAAAGAAGUAUCAGCAAACACAGAGGAUUCUUCUAUGAGUGGCUACUUGUACAGAUCAAAGGGCAAUAAAAAACCCUGGAAACACUUUUGGUUUGUCAUAAAAAAUAAAGUACUAUAUACAUAUGCUGCAAGUGAGGACGUGGCCGCUUUGGAGAGUCAGCCUUUAUUAGGAUUCACUGUUAUUCAAGUUAAAGAUGAGAAUUCAGAGUCUAAAGUAUUUCAGUUACGGCACAAAAACAUGUUAUUUUAUUUAUUCAAAGCAGAGGAUGCUCAUUCAGCCCAGAAGUGGAUAGAAGCAUUUCAGGAAGGCACAAUAUUGUAGCAGUAUUGGUUUCAUCUCUUCUGUGAUUCCAAAGAGGUGGAAUUUCAUCAGAAUGGAGUAAAUGCAAUUCGAAAAUUGUAUAAAAAUGAACACUGCCAAGAUAAAGCCAACCAGACCCUUCAUCAAAGAAAUUGUUUUGUUAGGUAUAAGCAAUUUUUAAAAGGUGUUUGUUUUUUCAUUUAUGUUAUUUAUUAAAAUUUUGAUGUUUACUUAAUGGUGAGAAUUAUUUCUGAGACACACUGAAUUCUAAAGUACCAUUUCUUUAGAAACCAGAAAAACUAUCUUAAUACUGUAUACUAUAUUAACUAUUUGUGACAUAGUCCACACGGUUUUCUUACCUUACGUUGUAACAUUCUUACUGGUGAAAAGUCUUUGUAAGGAAAAAACACAUAGCAAGGAGCAAAUUUCCACAAAGUGCUUGGUUUGGGAAUUGUGAUUAUUAUAAAACUGCUGAUGAAAAAAUGCAUGUCUUUGAAUCAAUACACUUGGGUGAAUUUUUGUAUCUUUUAGUGGAAAAACAUGGCCAGCUUCUACCUCAGUAACUGAACUGAAAUUUCAGUAAAUUAUCGAAAGUAUUUCUAUUGUUAGGUGCCUCUUUGGCAAGAGUUAAUAUUACAUCAUCAAAGAAUUAUAGCAAAGGGAUAGAAUCGGAAUUGUUUAAAACUGUGAGUAGGAGUGAAAAUAUUUUUAUUUGCAGAAUACCACAAAUAACCAACUCUUGGGGCUUUUAAGUCUAAUCUUUUAAAAAAUCUACCACUUCAAAACAAACAUAAAUGUAUCAUUUUUUAAAACAGCAAAAUAUAGCAAGCAUUAUGUUACACAAUAUUCCCUAUUAUAAGAGUUCUGAGCCCAAGUCAAUGAUGAUAUUUGUCUCUAAAAGUAAUGUUACAUUUCCAAAAAUAUUUUGCAUUACAAAUGGAACUGGAAUUACUGUAUCAGAAAAAGCACAAUUAUAAGCCAGUAAUAACUGAAAUUGUAUAGUAUUCAUUUUCAAAAAGGUCUUUUUCUGCCACUUUGAUAUCCUCCCUCCUAAUUAAAAAAAAAAAAAAAAAAAUUCCUUUCUCCCUUUAAGCAGCUAUCAGCACACCUCCUUAGGAAAGAUUUAGAUUCAUAAUUCUGGUGCACUUACUGUUUAACAUAUGCACUACCUUGUACAUAAAAUUGUUGAUUAGCAGAACAAAAUGAAAUAACACAGUGAUAAAAGCCAUCCCUGAUGUUGACAAUAUACAAUUUAUUAACGAAGUUUAAACUAUAAAUUAUCUUAACGGUCAUGAGCGGUGGCUCACACCUGUAACCUCAGCAUUUUGGGAGGCCAAGGCUGCUGGAUCACCUGAGGUCAGGAGAUCGAGAUCAGCCUGGCCAAUAUGGUGAAACCCCAUCUCUACUAAAAAUACAAAAAUUAGCCGGUCGUGGUGGUGCAUGGCUGUAGUCCCAGCUAUUCAGCAGGCUGAGGCAGGAGAGUCGCUUGAACCCAGGAUGCGGAGGUUUCAGUGAGCCGAGAUGGUGCCACUGCCCUCCAGCCUGGAUGACAGAGCGAGACUCCAUCUCAAAAAAAAAAAAAAAAAAAAAAAAAAAAUUAAACAGCAAGGUUAUCCAUAGAAUAUUUAUUUAAAGCGUGUAAGAAUUUUCCUUUCUACUUCUAAAUAAAGGAUAUCCUAAUUCAGUGUGAUCCUUAACAGCAACCAUGAGGAUUACUGAGUGCCUUUCUGGGGCCUUUUGAAUGCUAUUUGGUGCAGCACCAGAGUCCCUACUAGAUCUAGAGUUGGCUGCUAUAGUUUUUUGUGGCUAUUUCUUGCCAUGGAGUCAUUUUAAAUGUGUUGCAACCUCAUACACAAUCCUAACGUGCCAUCCCCUUUCUGUCAUAGCAGGUACACUACACUAAAAUUUCUUUGUAGCUCAAUUUUAUAUAAUCAAGAUCACAUAAAUAAGGCUUCCAUGUUAAAAUCGUUGCAGUUUUUAGUGUAUUCUUUUUGGAGGCCAAAGUUAUACCUUAUAAAGUGUUUCUUUCUGCUGCAUUCAUUGUGGCAUUUCGCAAGACAAGUUAUGUGGGUUUUCUUUCCCUCCUCUUGAGCUCUCAGCCUUCUGACUACAAGGUUUGGCGUAAGCCUUAGAAUCUAAAAAAUACCAGCCAGGCUAUUCUACCUUCCAAGACCUGGGUGAAUCAUGAACCAGUUCUAAAUCUAAAGAGAGUGAGAGAGGGAAGAAACCUGGCACGAACUUACAGUCUCUUUAAUUACAUGUAAAAUGCAUGUGAUUGUAUUUGCUUUUGGCUUAGCCCCAUGGAGGGUUUAGAAAAAUGUUUAGUCUCUGUGGAAGCUAUCCAAUUUUCCUUCUCCCAAAAAGAUGUUUUAAAUGUGGAAUAGUAUCACAUUCCCCUGCCCCUUUAUGAGUCCUUCAUAACUUACUAAAGGCGAUCAAUUGUUAUUUAUGUAACUUGGCUCAUUCAGUGUCAACUAAGAACCUAAUUAUAUGCAAUUUAUUGUAAAAAAAAAAAACUAUAAAAAUAUAUUUUGAUAGCUAAUAUUUUAGAGGAAAAAUGAUGUUGGGUGCACUCUAUAAAUGGGGAGAAAAGUAUAAGUAGUAUGUAGAUUCCAAGGAUACUGUAUUUAUUAUACAGAUAAGUGUGCCUGUGCUUCCAUCAAACCCUUUUUCAGGUAUCUCCUUUUAAUUCAUGAGGAGGAGAGAGUAGGGCAUUUAUAAAGCUAAGCUAAAAUGAUGCUAAGCAUAAUGUAGAUGAGACGCCAGGCUGAACCAGGGGAAAGGUGGCAUUGUUAGUGAGUGUCCCCAACUAGUACUCCACCUUUAUCUGUGGCAGCUAUAAAUGUUUAGGACCCAUCAGAGUCCUAAGAAAAUGAGAGUAACUAUCUCUGGCAUCAUCCACAUUUCCGAACCUCUUUCCAAUAUCUUUUCCCUUUUUCUGUAAUGUAGGCAGCAUCCCCCUAUUGUAUUUUGGUUGCCCAAGAUGCUUGAUUCUUUUGAGUGUUUAGUUGCAUUUCUUAAAAUGAGAUCAGACCAACCCUUGAUUCACAUGAAAGAUAUAAUGACACAACAAAGAGAAGGUGACAGUUUUAAAGUAUAAUUGUCAGCCGACUGUGUAUUUUAUAUUUGGUUCAUAGAAUAUAUCUAGACAUGGGGAAAGUCUUCUAUUUGGUAAUUUAGUUAAAAUGUAAAUGUUAUAUAUCACAGCAGAUGUUGGUAUGUUUUGGAGUGUGCUUCCAUUGUGCUCAGGUUUUGAAAAGUUUGAGGUCCAUUUUAGUCAAAUGUAGUCAAUGGGAUUUCCAGAGAUAUAUAUUGUGUUUUUCUUAUUGUACUGCACACUCCUUGAAGGCAGAUAGUGUACUUAAUAUCACUGUCUUUUAUAAUACUGCCCUAGGUCUUUUUCAUUUUUAAGAGACCGGGUCUCGCUAUGUUGCCCAUGCUGAACUCAAAUGCCUGGGCUCAAGCAAUCCUCCCACCUCAGCCUCUGGAGUAGCUGGGACUACAGGGGCAUGCACCACCAGGCCUGGCUUUCUGGGUCUUUAAAGAGAAAAUAUUUGUUCAAUUGAAUAAAGGACAGGAUUCUUGUCAUCUACAACUCCAACACAGCCUGAAAAUAUCCACAUUGUAACCUGGACUUUAGACGAUCUCUCUCCACUAUCCUGCAGAGCUCCAUUUGUAACUACUUAUUGGCUAUCUGUAUGAGUCCUCAAGCAUCUCAGACUUUACAUGAAUAAAACUCAACUUUCUUCCCA